AUGUCAUUUGUAGAUAAUGAUGAGGAUUUGUGCCCAUCAAUUGAAGAAGAAGAGCUUUGUCUUCCACGUGCAAGCAUUAACAAAAUAAUUAAGGAAAUUGUACCUGCUUUACGAGUUGCAACAAAUUGUAGAGAAUUAAUCCUUAGCUGCUGUACAGAAUUCAUCCAUCUCAUCAGUUCUGAAGCUAAUGAAAUAUGCAGUAAGAAGAACAAGAAGACAAUUAAUGCUGAACAUAUUUUGGAAGGACUAAACAAGCUAGGAUUUAGUGAUUUCACAAGAGAUGCUCUUAACAUUCUAAAUGAAUGUAAAAUGCAAGCAGCAAAACGUCGUCGUGAAAGCAAUCGAUUAGAGAAUUUGGGAAUAUCGGAAGAAGAGUUAUUCAGGCAGCAACAAGAGCUGAUUCAACAAGCUAGAGAGCAGAUUAACACAGAAUUUCAGCAACAACAGUAUGGAUUACAAACACAAAUCAUUGAGCAAAAGGAAAGUUCUGGUGAUGAUGAUUAUUAA